CUUCCUUCCUUUGGGGGCCGGAGAGGGAGGGGAGAGGCCCAGAGGCUUUGCGCAGCAGCAGCAGCAGAAGAGCAGCCGCGGAAGAGGAGGCGGCGGGUUCAGCACCACGGAGAGCGGCAGCAGGAGGAGGAGCAGCCCCGCGCGCCCCGCCAAGGCAUGAGCCCCACCGGUGGGCCUGCCCCGCCCGUUUAGGGCCCAAGGAGAGAGAGAGAGACAGGGGGGGCUCCGCCCUCGCCCACCCCCCACCCAUGGCGCCCCCGCCCCUCCCCCUCCCCCUCCUCCGCGGCCUCUGCUUCUUCGCCCUCCUCAGCCGGGUCCUGGGCACGGACACGGAGGAGCGGCUGGUGGAGCACCUCCUGGACCCGCUGCGCUACAACAAGCUCAUCCGCCCGGCCACCAACGGCUCCGAGCUGGUCACCGUCCAGCUCAUGGUCUCCUUGGCCCAGCUCAUCAGCGUGCAUGAACGGGAACAGAUCAUGACCACCAACGUCUGGCUGACGCAGGAGUGGGAGGACUACCGCCUGACCUGGGACCCCGAGGACUUUGACGACAUGAAGAAGGUGCGCCUGCCCUCCAAGCACAUCUGGCUCCCGGACGUGGUGCUGUACAACAAUGCGGACGGGAUGUACGAGGUGUCCUUCUACUCCAACGCGGUGGUCUCCUUCGACGGGAGCAUCUUCUGGCUCCCGCCGGCCAUCUACAAGAGCGCCUGCAAGAUCGAGGUCAAGCACUUCCCCUUCGACCAGCAGAACUGCACCAUGAAGUUCCGCUCGUGGACCUACGACCGGACGGAGAUUGACCUGGUGUUGAAGAGCGAGGUGGCCAGCCUGGACGACUUCACCCCCAGCGGCGAGUGGGACAUCAUCGCCCUGCCGGGCCGGCGCAACGAGAACCCCAACGACUCCACCUACGUGGACAUCACCUACGACUUCAUCAUCCGGCGCAAGCCGCUCUUCUACACCAUCAACCUCAUCAUCCCCUGCAUCCUCAUCACCUCGCUGGCCAUCCUGGUCUUCUACCUGCCCUCCGACUGCGGGGAGAAGAUGACCCUCUGCAUCUCGGUGCUGCUGGCCCUCACCGUCUUCCUCCUGCUCAUCUCCAAGAUCGUGCCGCCCACCUCGCUGGACGUGCCGCUGGUGGGCAAGUACCUGAUGUUCACCAUGGUGCUGGUCACCUUCUCCAUCGUCACCAGCGUCUGCGUGCUCAACGUGCACCACCGCUCGCCCACCACCCACACCAUGCCGCCCUGGGUCAAGGUGGUCUUCCUGGACAAGCUGCCCACCCUGCUCUUCAUGAAGCAGCCCCGCCAGAACUGCGCCCGACAGCGCCUGCGCCAGAAGCGCCAGGGCCACCAGCGCAACGCCGCCCUCAACGCCGCCGCCGGGAGCUUCUUCCUCCGCGACGGGGCCCGGUCCUGCACCUGCUACGCCAACCCCUCCGCCGCCAAGAAGUUCCCGCCCGGAGGAGGAGCAGGAGGAGGAGCGGGCAACAACGGCGCCGAAGGGGUCAACGGGUACCGGGAGCGGCAGGGGGCGGCCACCACCACCACCACCACCACCACCGGACAGCCGCCCGGUCACUGCUGCUGCGGCCUGGAGGAGGCGGUGGACGGCGUCCGCUUCAUCGCCGACCACAUGAAGAGCGAGGACGACGACCAGAGCGUGAGCGAGGACUGGAAGUACGUGGCCAUGGUGAUCGACCGCCUCUUCCUCUGGAUCUUCGUCUUCGUCUGCGUCUUCGGCACCAUCGGCAUGUUCCUGCAGCCGCUCUUCCAAAACUAUGCCACCAACUCCCUCCUGCAGAUCCACCAAGGAGCGCCGGGGUCCAAAUAGCGGCCGGGGGAGAGCGAGAGCGAGCCGCCGGACGGACGGAGAGACAUGGAGGGGGGGAAGGGACCGGAGAAGACCCCACACACCUGGUCCUGGGAUGGAGAGACUGGGGAGACCGGAUAUCCCUUCCUUGGUCCGUAACUUGUGACAGAGAAAAGGCAAUGGGUGCAAAAAGGACGGGGUGUUGUCAGAAACAAGGACCGAGAUGCAUAAGUGUGCAACGGAGGCACGUUCUCAGCUUUUCAUGCUGGACUUGGUUCGACUUUCGCCGUCUCCGCUCCGUGGGAUAUAAGCAACGAUUAGGUUGAUGGGACGGUGCAGCGGUGCGGGAACACUCGCCGGACGGCGCUUUGCAACGGCAACGAACGAACGGGAGGAACGGGGUUGCCUUUUGGGGAAGGGGCCCGGCUCUCCCUUCCUCCCUCCUCCAACGACCGGCCGGGGUACCAGCUCCCAACUCAGGGAAAAACAAUCAUGUAGGACUAUACAUCCAUACCCAUGUAUCGCCGUACUCCCCGUAUACCUCUGUGGACGAACGCGUCGAGGCGCCUCCGGAUCCGCGUUUCGCUGUUACUCAUAACUCCGCGUAGUCUAGCCACUCGUCUCCCUUCAGUUUCCAGAAUAGUACGAUGCCGGCAAAUAGGAUGGGAGUGAAAUCGCGGGACGGUUCCGAAUCCAAAUCUUCCUUCGGUCCCUCCAAUUUCUAGCGACGCAAUAACUUCGUGUGCAGUGGGACAGACUCCUGGUUGAGCUAUUGGGCCCGAAACGGAAAAGAAAAGCCCAAAAUCGUAAUUUUUUCGACAAAGGGCAGGAUUGCGCAAAAUCCGAAGGAGCGGAUCGACGACGAAUCGGGUAGUUUAGGAAUAAUGCCAGGAACCGGAGUCCCAAAGGGUCCCAAACGCGGCGGCAUUCGUCUCAACCCACGUUUGGCGACCCAGAAGGGACUCGACGGCAAGAGACCCAAAAGGGUCCCAAACGCGGCGGCAUUCGUGCCUUCUCGGCCCACGUUUGGCGACCCGGAAGGGACUCAAUGGCAAGCAGCUUUGCGACCUGGAGACCCCAAACCCCCACCGGACCGUGUGCGUGCCUCCUUUGUCCUCGCAGCACUGCAGAACCCAAUAAAGAUAGGUCACCCAG